GUCAGUGAGUGGAGCUGCCUCCCUCCCCCGCUCUCCUCCCCCGCAGGUCGGUCUGUCCAAUCCCACGGACGUGAGUUAGGCAGCGAGACCGCCCUGAUUUACUCCGCCGACACCCGAUAUCAGUGAUAAUCCACAAACCCCCCUCUCCCAGCCAAGACCCCCUCUGACAAGCUGCCUUCGGGGAGUGUUCUGGGCGGACUUCGACCGAAGCGGCUCCGGGUAGCGAGAGGUCUCAAUGAAUCCAGCUGGGGGUCCAGUGCCGAGCGCCUGAGUCGGUCCAUGUUUAGAGCCGGUCGUUAUUAACAGCUCACAGGCGGCAGCUCGAAUGAAUCGCGUUUUUUGGGCAAUCUGUCGAGGUGGUAAGAUGUCAGCGUGGAGUUAGUUCAGCGGCUUCGGGAGACGGGUUCGCCCAGAGAUGCUCGGUGGAAGGGACUUAAUCGGGGAUCAUCGCUUCUCUCUCUCUCUCUCUCCCUCCCUCCCUCCCGAUUGACCGUCGGUUUCAGUCGCUGUUGCUUUGGGCACGGAUUGUCUGAACAACCCGCACCCACUGUGAAGAAUGCAGUGAGAGCUGGGGAGACUUCGAGAUGAUUGCUCGUGUAAGGCACUAAAGCAUCCUGAUGACAUUAAAAAGUUCGGGCAGAAGGAAGACAGGAACUUCAAUAUUGUUAGUGGAAAAGUACUAGGCAAACUGAUGGGACUAAAGACUGACUUGUUCCCUGGAUCCAAUGGCCUGCAUCCUGGGGCCUUACAGUGAUGGAGAACCACAAUGGCAGCUCUACAUGAAGUUCACACUCUAGAAUUGUAUCCAAGCUGCAACCCUUGCGUCUCUGGCUGACAGUGGGCUUACAACUCAGGACCCAUUAUGCCCUCGAGAGAAUCAACUUCCUACAGCUGCCAGAGACUUCUGUAGAAAUGGUUGAGAAUCAUACACCGUGCAUGAUGCCCGUGGGCUCCUUCAGUAACUACUACGACAAGAACUUAACCAGAUUUCAUUAUAACCUAACCGGUAAGCUUCAGGACCCCAAAUACAAGUUGCAGGACCUGAGUGUUGUGUCUGUUAUCUUCAUCAUUCUGUGCUCCUUCAUCGUCCUUGAAAACCUGCUGGUCCUUGUGGCCAUCUGUAGAUACAAAAAGUUCCACUCGGCCAUGUUCUAUUUCAUCGGUAACUUGGCACUGUCGGACCUGUUCGCAGGCCUCGCUUACAUCUUCAACCUUGUAUUCUCGGGUGGCCGGACCAUGACGUUGACCCCACUGCAGUGGUUUUUCCGAGAGGGCACCAUGUUUAUUGCGCUGGCAGCCUCAGUCCUCAGCCUCUUGGCCAUCGCUAUUGAGAGGCAUGCUGCCAUUGUGAAGGUCAAACUGUACAGCAGCGACAAGAACAGUCGAAUGUGCCUGCUCAUUGGAAGCUGUUGGAUUGCCUCUGUGCUGCUGGGUGGGUUGCCCAUCAUGGGCUGGAACUGCAUGUGUCACCGGAAUGGUUGCUCCACCGUGCUCCCUCUCUUCUCCAAGAACUACAUCUUAUUCUGUAUCACCAUCCUCAGCAUCAUCCUUCUGUCCAUUGUCAUCCUGUAUGUGCGGAUUUACCUGAUUGUGCGAUCUAGCCACUGUGAAACGGCAGCCCCACAGACCUUGGCCUUGUUGAAGACCGUGACCAUCGUCCUUGGAGUGUUCAUUGUUUGCUGGGCGCCCACCUUCAUCAUCUUGCUGCUGGACUUUGCCUAUGAGGGGAGUGACUGCAAGAUCCUGUACAAAGCCGAGUAUUUUCUGGGCGUUGCCACCCUCAACUCUGCAAUGAACCCCAUCAUUUACACCCUGAGGAGCAGGGACAUGCGCAGGGCAUUCCUGCAUGUUCUCUGCUGCUGCUCAAUGAUGGACAAAAAGGCACGGAUGGACUCUUGCUUCCCCAUGCUUCGCCACCCCAGUACCUUGGAUCGGUCUUACCAUAAACACGAGGCACUAGACUCGCCAAUGAUGCCAGAAUGUACAACCUUUGUGUGAUGCCUGUGGUUCACUAGGGCCACGUGGUGAGGAUCAAGGUCACAGGCACAGUCAAUACAUGCAUUCCACACACUAGCUCCCCAUACGUGGCCUUAGUCAAUCCCCACACCAUCUAUCUCUCCAGUGUGGGGGAUGAGUUGGAUAUGACACCCAAUCUGACCAUAUCAGCUGACCAGUGGGAUUUAUGUUUUGUUGCCCUGGAACCCAUAUGCCACCAGCCAAACAAAAGGAAGUAACCUUGCCAAAGGACAUUCUGUUCAGCCUCACCAGGAAUAACGGGAUCCAAGGGUGUGCCAAGACUGUGAACCAUGACCAGAGCAAUUCUUGGAAUGUAUUUCACCAACUGUAAUGACUGGCAUCGCUUGACUGCAGCCUCUUGAAGCUCUGUCACCUUAACCAGUGGGUCAGAGGUCAUUAGGAGGCCACACAUGUUAAUGGUGUGUUGCAGAAGGGAGGAAAGAAAAUGUUUUGCAGGGGAAGGUACCAAAAACACAUACCAUUCAAACAGGCCUAUCAUCUCUCAUCCCGCAUUCUACCUGUCCCUGAUGUUACACCAAGUCCCAGUACAUGGCCCCUGACCCUGACAAAAGUUCACCCCCCUCCAUCCAAAUAGAGUCCCUGACUCUGAGACCACACCCCCAUCCCUGGUCCACAGUAAAUGCCCAUGCAAGACCCCACUCCCAGUACCCAGUGCGUGAUGGGUUAUACUGGCAUGACCCGGGUGAUCCUUAAAGCAGUACAGCUGUAUAAUUGUUACCCCAGCGCAUUAUAAAUGGACAAUGGCAGUCUUUAUUGCUGGGCCUAGGUUCUGGAACUCCCUAUCCAGUGGCACUGUGGCAGCUUGUUUACCAAACAGACUGCAGCAGUUCUUAAAAGUGACUCAUUCCUGCCUUCUUGAGGGCAAUUAGAGAUGGGUAUAAAUGGCAACAACAUCCACAUCUCAUAAAAAUUUAUGAAUAAACUAAACAGUACCCCAUGGGAAAGGUUUGGUCAAUGAGCUAAACCUUUUUGAGACUAUCGCCUUGGCAACAGAAGAAUGGCUGAUGCAUUGAAUUAGUUCUGAGAUAUGUGAAGAUCCUAGAUGUGUUACUGCUGCUCAUCGCUGCUUUAACAUUCAUGUUCAGUUCUAUUUUAAACGCUACACAUGCCACUUAGAAAAGUGUUUGUUUUCACAAUUCUUUGAGUUAGCCACAAUGUGCUGCUGCUUGCAUCUGUCCCUCUCCCUUGCACUCACACUGUAAUGGUGUCUCCAACUGAACAUUUAUUUUAUAUCAGACAUUUGGUGAUUACUGUCCAGGAGUUCUCACUGUUCGGCCAGACACUGGAGUUGGAAAGAGAGCCAUGGGUUGUGAGACUCUGGCACAGUCUUGCACCCUCAGCACAGCUCUAAGAUUGAGAGAGCAGUCUGUUCUUGACUCAGUGUUUAACCCUUUGUGUGGAGUCAGUCCCCAAAUCAGAGUCUAUCCUUGAGAGAACCCUGGUCCCAAUGCAUGGUGUCCCUUUUUCCCCCACCUCCUGUCCCCAUCGUUGGGGAAACGUGCAGUUUCACACCGAACAUGUUGGAAUUGUCUUUCUAUUAAAAUUAUAAUUAAAUCUGGGUGUAAAAAUUGAGCUGUGGCCUGCAUUUCCUUGACUGACCAAGGUAGUGGUGGAAUCACAGUCAAGUAUUUUAAUUAGCCUUACAGCAAAAUCCCAGCAGACAGGUGGAUACCACUUGAUGUAUUUUCUAUAGUAAUACUGUUUUGGAGGAAUUUAAUGAGAAUGAAUUGGAUGGGUCAUCAUGGCCAGUUGGGUGGACUGCCCCUUUCAAUGGAAGUGAACGAAUAGGUUGUUGUGCAGUUUCAAUGUUUAAGUGGCAACACUACAGCUAAAGGUAGUAUUAAAUACCAAAUGUUUAAUGUAUAUUAAACAAUGUACAGAAUGCCAAAUAUAGACUAGUAAAUGGUACGAAGCCCAAUUGAGGGUCUGUUCACUGAAAAUUAAAUGAAUGAAAAAUAAACUUUUUUCU